CGAUUGCCUAAUUGAGGCGCAAUAGAGUUCACUGGCGAAUACCGGAAAUAACUAAACCAACGAACGAGAAAUGGUGGAGGCUAUCAGAAUGAAGAGACAUUUUUCCGAAUAAACGUGUGGAUUUGCAGGAGCCGGUGUCUUGUAGAAAGGGAAGGAAGAGGAUACGCUGUUAUAGAAUUAAACCAGUAAGAGAAGAACAAUCACCUCCGGACAGGAGCAGCAGACCUGAGUUAGUCGUGAGACAGAAGAUAACUUUCCAGACCAGUUCACCAUGUCAGCAGCUGUGAAGGGGGUCAAAGACUAAUGGUAAAGAUCAAACCAGAAAAUUAGAGUUAUUGUACACUCAACCUUCAGAGUGAUUGUUCCCUAAGUGAAAUAUGCAAUUCCAUGCUAAAACGUGACAAUAGGAUCUAGCAGCCUCAUGCUUGCUCUGCACAACAAUAAUACCCAUUGUAAAAGCCCAUCUGAACUGAACUAUCUUGGCUUAACGAUAAGAAUCUUUCACCAUUUCCUACCGAACUACCUCCUCACUAGGCACAGACGUCAGUUCUACGUCUACUUUGGAUUAACAUUUGUUUGAGUUGUCAACGAACCUUGCAUUCAACGUGAAAUCAACAACACAUUUUCACCAUGUCAUUGGAUUGAGGUUAGAAGUUGGAUGAAAAAAGACUAAAUGCCCUUACAUUGGUAACUUUUUGCAAAUCUAAUCUGUUUUUCACAUUGAUUCAACGUCAUCACAUUGCUUUUUUUUGUUGGUUGAAAUGACGUGGAAGCAAACACACAGACUAUUUUGAUUCAAACAGUUUUUGCCUAGUGGGUCAUGUUUUCAACUCACUGAUCAACAAUGGAGACACCUGUCCCUGAGCUGCUGUUGGCCACUCUAGAGGACAACCUGUGUGAAAAAAAACUAAAGAAAUUCAAAUGGCACCUGGUCCAGGGUGUAAAAGGUUUCCCUCAACACAUCCCAAAGGCUCGGCUGGACAAAGCCGACCACCAGGACACUGUGGAUAAGAUGGUGGAGACUUACGGCCUUGAGGGCGCAAAGAUGAUCACACUGGAGGUCCUGAAGAAGAUGAAGCUGAUUGAUCUCACUAAUAUGUGGACAGAACCAGCAGCCCGGAGUAGUCCAGCAGUGGUUCAGAAAGUCAGAGAUGAACUGAAAUCGUACCUAAAGAAGAAGUAUGACCAAAUAUAUGAGGGGACAUCAAAGAAAGGGGAUUUUGUCUAUCUAAACAAGAUCUACACUGAGCUUUACGUGAUAGAUGGGGCCAUGGGAGGGGUCAGUGGUGAUCAUGAGGUCAGAUGUCUGGAUUCCAGAACACCAGCCACAGAAGAGACUGUUAAGCUCAGUGAAAUAUUCAAACCCCAGCCUGAUCAGAAGAAACGAAUCAGAACAGUGCUUUCACUGGGCAUCGCUGGCGUGGGAAAAACUGUCUCUGUACAGAAGUUUAUUCUCGACUGGACAGAAGGAAAGGAGAAUCAGGACAUUGACUUCAUCAUUCCACUUCCUUUUCGCCAAAUCAAUAAAAUAAGAGAAGAAGACUGCAGUCUGAUUGACCUGCUUCAUCAGUUCUUCCCCUUCAUGGAACCAAUCGAUACUCUGGAGGAAGGUUUUAAGGUUCUGUUCAUCUUUGAUGGUCUGGAUGAGAGUCGGCUCCCUCUGGCCCUUAAUCAUAAUAAAGAUGUGGCUAAAGACACAAAAACAGCCCCGCUGGACGUCCUGAUCACAAACCUCAUCACAGGACAGCUCCUCCCUUCUGCUCUCAUCUGGAUAACCUCCCGACCUGCAGCAGCCAAUCAGAUUGAUCGAAACUACAUCCACCAGUGGACCGAGAUACGAGGUUUCAAUGACCCUCAGAAGGAGGAGUACUUCAGGAAGAGAUUCUGUAAUGAUGACCAGGCCUACAGAAUCAUCAACCAUAUAAAGUCUUCAAGGAGCCUCCACAUUAUGUGUCACAUACCAGUGUUUUGUUGGAUUUCAGCCACUGUUCUGAAUGAUAUCCUGGGUAAAACAAAGAGUGGGGAGAUGCCAAAGACUCUGACUAAAAUGUACGAACACUUCCUGCUCUGCCAGACUGAUAAAAUGACAGAACAGAAGUAUCCCACAGGUAGUAAAAACGCUGUCCUUCAACUAGCAAAACUAGCAUUCUGUCAACUGCAAAAAGGACAAUUGAUUUUCUAUGAGAAAGAUCUGCGAGAGAGUGGUAUUGACAUUGAGGUGGCUAUAGUGUACUCGGGUGUGUGCACUGAAAUAUUUCUGGAGGAGGAGAAAGUUUUUAGCUUUGUGCAUCUGAGUGUUCAGGAGUUCCUUGCAGCUCUAUAUGCUUACCACUGUCACACAACAGACAACAACAAUGUACUUCUCCCAAAGCUGACAAGGAAACAUUCAAUAUUUUGUUUUGAAUGUAUUCCACAGUCUUGGAAAUCUAUGUUUGACUUACAUAAGACGGCAAUCGACAAAGCCUUAGAGAGCCAGAAUGGACACUUGGACCUUUUUCUCCGCUUCCUGCUUGGUCUUUCACUGGAGUCCAAUCAGAGACUCCUGAGUGGAAUCCUACCAGAGACAAAGGACAGAGAGGACAUUGAGAAAACAGUCAGCUACAUCAAGGAGAAAAUCCGAGAGGACCUUUCUCCAGAGAAGAGCAUCAACCUGUUCCACUGUCUGAGUGAGCUGAAGGAUGAGUCUCUGGUGCUGGAGAUCCAGAGCUAUCUGAGAUCGGGGAGUCUGCCAGUGAAUAACCUGUCACCUACACAGUGGUCAGCACUUACCUUUGUGUUAAUGACAUCUGAGGAAACUCAAGAGGUGUUUGACCUGAAGAAAUACAUCAGAUCAGAGGAGGGCCUCCUGAAGCUGUUGGCAGUCAUCACCUCCUGCAGGUGUGCUCUACUAGAUAGCUGUAACCUUACAGCAAGAUGCUGUGAAAUGUUGGCAAAAGCUAUCGGCUCAAACUCCUCUUACAUGAGAGAGCUGGACCUGAGUGACAAUGACCUACAGGAUUCAGGAGUGAAACUGCUCUCUGCUGGGCUGAGGAGUCCAAUCUGCAAACUGGAGACACUAAGACUGAAUAGAUGUAACCUCACAAAGAACUGCUGUGUAGCAUUGGCCUCAGCUCUGACUCCGAGGUCAAACACCUCACACCUAAGGAAGCUGGACCUGAGUGACAACAAUCUACAAGACUCAGGGGUCCAGAAGCUUUCUGAUAGACUGAAUGAUCCACAAUGUAAACUGGAGACACUGGGGUUGUCGCUCUGCGGAGUCACCGAGAAAGGCUGUGCUUAUCUGGCUUCAGCUCUGAGGUCAAACCCCUCCCACCUGAAAGAGUUGGACCUGAGCUACAAUCACCCAGGAGAUUCAGGAGUAAAGCUGCUCUCUGCUGGACAACAUACAGUCAGGUUUCACCCUGGGGGAGAAUACUGGUUCAGCGUUAGAUAUGCCUGUAACCUCACACUGGACCCAAACACAACAUUCAGAAAUCUAUCUUUGUCUGAGGAGAACAGGAAGGUGACAUGGGUGACCACUAAGCAGCCAUACCCUGAUCACCCUGAGAGAUUUCACGACUAUGCACAGGUGCUGUGUAGAGAGGGUCUGACUGGCCGCUGCUACUGGGAGGUCGAGUGGAGUGGGAAUAGAGUUGAAAUAGGUAUGACUUAUAAAGGAAUCAGCAGAAGAGGACAGAUAGAUGACUGUGUUUUGGGACACAAUGACAAAUCCUGGUGUCUAGAUUGUGAUGGUAACCAAUACACUGCCUGGCACAAUGAUGAGGACACUGCCAUAUCUGUCUCCUCUCGCUCCAACAGAGUAGGAGUGUCUCUGAUUUGGUCGGACGGCAGUUUGUCCUUCUAUAGCAUCUCUUCUUCUAACACGUUGACACACCUGUACACAUUCCAUACCAAAUUCACCGAGCCCCUCUACCCAGGGUUUAAUAUUACAAACAACUCUUCAGUGACUUUGUGUCAUAGAUACCGAAUGAGAAGUUCCCAGGCUCAAUUUCCACCGCAUAUAGGCAAGAGCCUGAUACACUAUGCAACAGAGUGAGACUUGAAAGGAGCGCACCUUAAAAUGGUGGUGGGAGAGAGAACCUGCUACAGUUGUUUAGAUGGGAUUUUGAAAAUGAAGAUUCUGAGUUUAUAAAGUGAAAACGAUUUCUAAGAUGCAUACUUUCACAUAUAAUUAAGUCGUGCAUUCGGACACGAGUCCUGCAUUCGGACACGAGUCCUGCAUUCAGACACGAGUGCCAGAAAUGUUCCAAAAAGCGGAAUCUGCAUUGAUUACCAUGGAGAGUGGAUGUUCCUAUUCCGCUUUGUCCGGUGGAGCGGGCCAGAGGCUCCUUUCAAGUCCUGUUUUGAGGCCUUGUGAAACCAGAGGGUUCCAGAGAGCCGGCUGGGUGGAGGAGCACUAUCUGUUGGAUGUAGGCCCACAGACGUUCCCUCUCCUCUGUGUAGUUCCAGUUACACUCUAACUGGAAUGUCAGCUGCAGGACAGCAAAACUAGGGGCUUGUGGAAUGGAAUGUCAGCUGCAGGACAGCAAAACUAGGGGCUUGUGGAAUGUCAGCUGCAGGACAGAAAAACUAGGGGCUUGUGGAAUGACGGAAGCUAUACUGUUACACACACAAAACAUGAAACAAUACAAGAACGCCAUUAGACAAGGACAGAACUACAUGCCUUUUUAAAAAUGUACACUCAGCUUACAUAUCAAUGGAUGCACACUUUUCCAUUGAUUCUAUUGGAUUUAGUCUAUUCCAGUGAAUAUUUUGGCUCUUAUAGACUGUAUUAUACAGUCUCUUAUAAACAUCAUGAAGUUGUACUUGUUUCAUCAGUCACUAGUACUCUGGUCGUUGUCUUUGCUGGUGACAUCACAUUUCUCCUCUGGGGAUUAAUUCAUCUCCCGUUAACAGAUGUUCCAUUUCUACAAUUACGCAAGAUUUUAGUCCAAGGUUAGGGAUGAAUUAAUGUAACAGGACUGUGUCCAUGUCCAUCUCUGAUUCUAUCUGGUGAGUGUAAUUUGAUUACCUGUUUGUUGUGAAUAAAAAUGGCUGACCAAAUGGAAGGGUUGAACUAUCCAGGGAAACUUAAAUAGAUUUAGCAAUAGGACAUUUUUUUUGGUAUUACACGACACUUGAUGUGAUGUCACAGAGGACAAAACAAUCUGAAAAAUGUCAAUUUCUUUUGUUCUGUUUAUCUGAAAUAAAUCAUAUUUAACAAUGUAA